AUUUCAAGACUUGCCUCACUCCAGAGAGGUUCUGUCCUGAGCAUCUUCUUUAUAUCUUGAAAAAUAAACAAUCAAGCCGAAACUGCCAACUCCACACUUGGUUCUGUCAUUUAUGAAGAUCAAUGACUGUAAAUGAUGUCUUUAUGUAAUUCUGCUUAAGUCAGACAUUCCUAGAAAGGAAAAUUAAGAUGGAUUUUCUCAGAAGUAUCUUGUCAUGUUUUGCCAUUUAAAAACGUGAUUUCUGACUACAUUAAAUUAAUCUAUGGAGAAUUACAUUCUGGACCCCAACGCCAUGGCAGCAUACCCUAAUUAUUCACACAUCAUGAAUCAACCCAAGAUAUAUAAUACCUGGCCUUCUUGUUCCCAAUACUGGGCUCAAACUGUAAUCGUUCAAGUUAACCCUGGAGAGGUCCUUACGAUAAAAGCUGAUGAUGGGUCCUUUCAGCACAUUCAAGGACCAGCAGACGUACCUCUGAUAGCACCAACCGGUAAUUUGCCACCAAUAUACCUUCCUCCUGGUUACAUAUCUCAGGUGGUGGAAGAAAAUGGAAUUCAAAAAAUCAUCGUUGUACCUCAGACAUUUGACUACUACAUGCCCCUGACUGCUCCUGCCCAGCAGGUCUCACCCUUCACAGCAGCACCACUGCUGACAUUCCCUCAGGCCUCUCAGUUUAUGUAUCCCCCAGUUCACGGGGAAUACCCAAUGCCUUACUUCCAAGAAGCUGCUCCACAGCAGAUGCCACCACCUCCAGCCCUACCACCACCACCGCUGCGACCACCACCAGCAACAUUUAUAUACCAGGAGCAUUAUGAAACCUAUCCUCAUGGAAGAGUAAAUCUUAACCAGUUUCAUGAGAGGACUGUUAAAAUGGGAGAAUAUUCAAAAAAGAAAAUGAGAGAUCGCCAAUUUGGUGAACAGAAGACUAGCUCCAUGUUUAAUGACACUUCUUUGCUUCUGAACAAAGUCAUUGACAUGUCCGGUACUUUUAGUCCUCUUUGUCCUUACACUGUGGUGGAUUCUCCUCCAAGAAUUCACACUGAUAACAAUACUUCAAGCACUUACUCUCUGAAUACUGUUUUAAGCACUUGCACCAUUGACAAUACUCCAAAAAGGUACAUUACCGACAGUCUUCCAGACAUUAACACUACUGACAAAAUCACUAGUUCCUCUGAACACGCCCCUAGCGCUUCUACCUCAAACGCUACUCUUUGCUCUGACAUCAUCAAUAGUGCUCCAGUUCCUCCCAGAAUUACUCACGAUCCAGUCACCUCUGAUGGAACUCAAAAGUCAUCAAAUACCGAGAGUACUCCAAGCUAUAUUUCUGAGAGUGAUCGCAACAUUUUCAUCUCUGAAAAUGCUCAUAUCCCCUCUUCAAUUAACAAUGUGUUCAGACCUUCUGGUGCAGCCAGCAUUUCCAACAACAUCAGGGCUUAUACUGAAAAUAAUCAUGGAACAAGAGAGAAUAAUGUGGGAGGUGGCGACAAUAAUCAAAUAUCAGGUGGAAAACAAAGGAAGAAUCAAUCGUCAAAUGCAGUACUACAAGAAAACAAUACAGAAUGCAGAGCACAGCCCUGCUGUUCCAACCUUGAAAAGCCUGUGGUUUCUAAUAUCCAAACAAGAUCUGCUACUGUUUCAUGGAAUCUGAACAGCACUGGAAAAUGUGAUCAUACUAAUACUCCUGUGACAUUUGAAGUGGCACUGUCUAGCAAUGGUAAAAAUGGAAUCUAUAAAAACAUUUAUAAUGGUAAUGAGGGUUCCGUGGCCCUACAUCAUCUCCAACCCUGCACAGUCUACUUUUUAAGAGUUACAACCAUAAGAGAUGCAGAGCACAGAAACGUGUCUGAAGUGGUUAGUUUCACAACACGUGGCUGUGAACCAGACCCUCCACUUGCACCUAAACUAAUUAACAGAACCAAGAACAGCCUGAACCUGCAGUGGAAAGGUUCCAAAGAUAAUGGAUCCAAAAUAAGCAGCUUUCUUUUGGAAUGGGAUGAGGGUAAAGGUGAAGAGUUCAAAAGUUGCUACAGUGGUCCCACGAAACAGUACAAGAUCUUUAAACUGACCGCUUCUACGAAGUAUUCGUUCAGAUUAGCUGCCAAAAAUCACUUCGGCUCCAGUAAUUUCAGUGAAAUAGCCGUCUUCUACACAUCAGGAAACACACCUCCGGCACCGCUGCCACCUAAGUUGAAAGAAGCAGGAGUCUACAGUUUGUGGCUGGAAUGGUGUGCCCCAACAAACCCAAACCCAAAUGACACUCUUACUUAUGUACUCGAGAUGGAGGAACCAAGAUCUGGAUUGGGUUUUAAACCUAAAUACAAUGGAGAAGAUCUCUCGUGCAUUGUAAAAAAUCUUCAGAGAAAUACUACAUACAAGUUUCGGAUUUUUGCCUACAAUCUGGAAGGAAGAAGCAAUCCCAGUGGAGAAGUAAAAUAUUCUACUUGUCCGGCCAAGCCUGGAUACCCUAAAAAACCAUAUGUAGUGGGAACAAUCCAUGCACGCCAAGUAAAAAUUGGCUGGGACUCCCCCAGAGACAAUGGUGGGAUGCACAUUUCAAGCUACAGUUUAGAAGUCAGUGAAAAUUCAGAUGGUGCAAAUCUCUGGAAGAUAAUCUACAAUGGCACUCUCCAGGAAUUUCUGUACGAUGGCCUCCAACCAGGCACCACAUAUAAACUGAGAGUCUUUUGCACUUCACCUGUAGGCCAAAGCCAGCCUUCUGAUGUAUUGACAAUUCAGACACCUACUCUACCUCCUGCAUCUUGUCGCUCACUGCCCUUAAACAGCAAAACCAAGUGCAAGGACACAAACCUUCCCCUUGACAAUCGCUCCGGUAAUGGGAACUUGGAAACAGUCAUUCGUGGCAAAAAAGCAAAAGGUCCCCGGAAUAACAGAAAGGAGUACUCUGGCUCCAAAAAGAAAUGUACAGCUGUCAAUAUAGUUGGGGUUGGAAUGUUUGGAGGAACUGGAAAAGUAACUACACCAGGAACUGUACCCGCCAUAGUUCCAAUGUUACAAGAAGUUGAAGACAAAGUUCCUGCCAAACUGUCCUCAUCUUGCAUAGCUAUCCAAUGGGAGGAGCCAGACUGCCAUGGCUCUCCCAUCACUGGAUAUAACAUUGAAUAUGGAGAUAAAAAAAUCUUGACUGUUGAUAGAGUAACAGAGUAUGUUCUGAAAAAUCUACAGCCUAAUACUACAUACAGAAUCAGAAUUCAAGCUAUUAAUCAUUAUGGACUAAGUCCUUUUAGCCCACCAAUAAGAAGCAAAACCAAACCAAUACUACCAGAGCCUCCACAGCUUGAUUGUGUGGUCCAAGGACACCAGAGUCUCAGACUCAAAUGGGGCAAUGUCUCAAGGAAAAAGUCACAUGCUAACAUUAUAAGCUACAACUUACUAAUGGAAGAUCGAUCUGGCAGAUUUUCUGUCAUUUACCACGGGCCUGAUCUGACUCACAAAGUGCAAAAAUUGAGUGAAUAUACACAAUACAAGUUUAAAAUCCAGGCAUGUAAUGAAGCUGGUGAGGGACCACAGUCUGAUGUCUACACUUUCAUGACAACAAAAACCCCACCUGGUGCUCUUAAAGCCCCUAAAUUACAUCCACUGAAAAGCAACAGUUGUGAGAUCAAAUGGGAUUCCUUGGAGCCGAUUAAAGGUGAUCCCAUUAUUUACUGUCUUCAAGUCGUCAUUGGAAAGAAAGCUGAACAGAUUUACAAAGGACCGAAUACCACCUUUUCCUUUUCCAACUAUCUUGCAAAUUCAAGAUAUCGCUUCAAGGUCUGUGCCGGACGCCAAUAUGAAAAUUCUGAUGGCGUGCAAGAGCUCUGGGGGCCGUAUAGCUCCAGCUCACUUUUGUCAACUUAUAAGCAUCAGUCUGGGCAUGGCAAAGGGAGUGGGGGGAAAGGAAGAGGCAAUCACAAUGACAAUGAAAAGUACAAGACAGAAAUGAGUGAUGAUACCUUUGUUCUAACUCUUCUGAUAGGAUUUGCACUUAUUGCCAUUUUGUGUGCUGUUGCCAUUCAGUAUUUUCUAAUCAACUAGUCUGUUCUUUUAGGAAUUAGGAAAGCACACUACAUCAAAUUUAGAAAACCUUAGAUACAUUUUCACUCAUACUUAAAAAUAAAGAUUACUGGUAGAAACUAGUAACAGAUAAAGAAUGCUGCUUAUGAUUUAAGAACUUUUAAUGAGGCAGUAGAAGAAAAUUCUUAAGGAAAUUCCAUCAUUGUGUCAACAAAACUAUACAUUGUUGGGCAAAACGAAGAACUUUUAUUGAACUAUUUCCUGCCUUAAAUUUUCAAGUCAAUCUUUUCCAAAAGUUUUGAGACUAUGAGAUAACAGCAGUGUUCUGGAAUUUUAUUUGGAAGAAAAUGAUAAA